CGCCCAAGCCGCGCAGCCGGGGAACUGCUCUGCGCGUCCUUUUCUCGUCGGCUUCCUUGGCCGCUCUCUCGCGAGAGAGGAGGAACCAUGUCGUCCUCUUUCGGAUCUGUGGAUGGCGACGAGGUGGCGGCGAGGAGUUCAUCUAUCCCCUUCGACGACGACGAAGAGUACCUCGGCGAUGACCCCCGCCUUCCCUCCCAGCGCUUCGACGCCUUUUCUUCGUUCUCCCCGGUCGCCUCCGGAGGACAAGAAACUGAGGACGAUUCGGAAGUCCCAAUCGGAACUUUGGGUGGCGGAGGAGUUGGAGGAUUAGCUAACUCGCCCGGGGGAUUUGGGUAUGGCCCACAGGAUUUCUCGGAGGAGAAACUGAACGGGGAGGGUUAUGUGGAGGUAGAUGACGGUGGAGCUUUCCCUUCCGAUGGGCCGAUCCUGCCGCCUCCUGACGCGAUGGAGCAGGAGGAGGGAUUUCUUCUGCGAGAGUGGCGCCGCCAAAAUGCCAUUCAUCUCGAGGAGAAAGAAAAGAAGGAAAAGGAGAUGCGCAAUCAAAUUAUUGUCGAAGCUGAAGAAUACAAGGAAGCAUUUUACGAGAAAAGGAAGUUGAACCGUGAAACUAACAAGCAGCAGAACAGAGAAAGAGAGAAGCUUUUCUUAGCCAACCAAGAGACCUUCCAUGCUAAUGCGGACAAGCAGUACUGGAAAGCGAUUUCAGAGCUGAUCCCUCGUGAGAUAGCAAAUCUGGAGAAGAAGAAAGAGAAGAAGCCCUCAGUCAUUGUCAUUCAGGGACCCAAGCCUGGCAAACCCACUGACCUUGCUCGUAUGCGCCACAUUUUACUGAAACUGAAACAUUCACCGCCACCCCACAUGACACCCCCUCCACCACCACCACCACCUCCACCUCCACCUCCACCAGUACCUACGACUAAAGAUGGAUCUGCCAGUGUUGCAACUGCAAGUGCUGAAGCGAAACAAGCCUCUGCAUCAGGCUCCAAGGAAACUCCUUCUGUUUCCCCUGAAGGCCAGCAGACUUAAAGUACCAGAUCCACUUUUAGGAUGUUGUUUGCAGUCAAUAUCUAUGUAUUUAUUAAUCACGACAUUGUACUGUAGAACUGGAGAUUGAAGCUGGGUAAUUGUUAGUGUAUAUAUAUGUAUGUAAAAAUCUUAUUAUAAAGGCUGUAUAUAAGUGCGGUGAAUUCAAUGUGUAAAAGUUGGGAGCAUCCUUUGACUUUA